CCGCAGUAGAGUGCGGAACGUGCGGCGAGCAGGCCGAUAUUUCGAGAUGGCAGCAGCAGCGGCGGCCCCCGAGCGCCCCACAGCCGCCCCCGGCCGGCCCCCGCGCCGGCCCCGCUGGUGAUGCGCGUCGUCCGCGAGUGAGAGCACAAAAACUGGAUCUCCCGAUCGGCGGCGGCGCCGGCGGCGUGGCGUCGCCGCGCCGCACCAGGGCGCCGCUAUGCCGCCUCAUGGAGGAGGACGAGGACUCGUUCGAACUCGAGGUGUUCGAGGUCGACGAGCCGGCCACGCCGGACGAGGCCCGGCCGCCGCCGCGCCGCCACCGCCGCCGCCGCCGCGCCCGCAGCUUCGGCGGCAGCGGCGGCCCCCAGCGCUCGCGCUCCUCCGUCUCCGUCUGCUCUUCGUCGACGGCACGUGGCGACCAGCCGCUCGUCCCGCCCGCCACCCCCGAAACCCCAGGCGGCCCCCCGGACGCGGCGCGCCCCUCAAGCACCUUCAGGUCCAGUCUGCUGAGCGUGCUGGGCAAACUGGUCGUCUGGAAGAGCUCGUCGUCGGCGUCGGCGCGCCACCGGGCGCCGUCGACCCCUUCGCCCUCGUCGGCCACGGAGCAGCCCCCGCCACAGGAUUCGUGCGAGUACCUGCGGGGCUUCCUCACCUUCGAGACGGAGAGGCGGAUACGGGCUAACGACCGAGAGUUCAACGCGCAAUUCCACUACGCUAACAACUACAUCAAAACGUCCAAGUAUUCGGUGCUGACAUUCCUGCCGCUCAAUCUGUUUGAGCAGUUCCAGAGGCUUGCCAAUUUCUAUUUCCUCUGCCUGUUGGUGCUGCAGAUGAUCCCAGCCAUCUCGUCACUCACGCCCGUCACCACUGCCGUGCCCCUCAUCGGAGUGCUCGCCCUCACGGCCGUCAAAGACGCCUACGACGACUACCAAAGACAUGUGAGCGACUCGCAAGUAAACAACCGGAAGUCGCUGACACUGCGCAACGGCAAGCUGGUCGAGGACAAAUGGGCCCAAGUGCAGGUGGGCGACGUCAUCCGAAUGGAGAACGACCAGUUCGUCGCGGCGGACAUGCUGCUCCUCUCCACCAGCGAGCCCAACGGCCUUUGUUACAUUGAGACUGCGGAGUUGGACGGGGAAACAAAUCUUAAAUGCCGGCAGUGCCUGUUAGAAACUGCAGAAAUGGGUCAGGAUGACGCCAGAAUUGGUGCCUUCAACGGAGAGAUCUUGUGCGAGACUCCCAACAACCUCCUUAACAAGUUUGAGGGCGUCCUUACGUGGCAGGGCAAAUCCUAUGCCCUGGAUAAUGACAAAGUGGUGCUCCGCGGAUGCGUUUUGAGGAACACCCAGUGGUGCUACGGACUGGUCAUAUUCGCCGGGAAAGACACCAAACUGAUGCAGAACUCGGGCAAGACCAAGUUCAAACGCACAAGUAUCGAUAGAUUGCUGAACUUCAUUAUCAUAGGGAUUGUAUUUUUUCUACUGUCCAUGUGCCUGUUCUGUACGAUCGCCUGUGGGUUUUGGGAAACGAUCACAGGCCGUCACUUCCAAAUCUACCUGCCGUGGGACAAACUGGUUCCCACCGACCCCACCGAGGGUGCCACUGUGAUAGCUUUACUUGUUUUCUUCUCGUACGCCAUAGUCCUCAACACCGUCGUGCCUAUUUCUCUCUAUGUCAGUGUGGAGGUGAUCAGGUUUGUCCAGAGUUUUCUGAUCAACUGGGACGAGCACAUGUACCACGAGAAAAGCGGCACGUCGGCCAAAGCACGAACAACGACCCUGAACGAAGAGCUCGGUCAGAUCGAGUACAUUUUCUCGGACAAAACUGGAACCCUCACACAAAACAUAAUGACCUUCAACAAAUGCUCGAUCGGUGAAAAGUGUUAUGGAGACAUCAUCGACGAACAAACCGGCGAAGUUUUGGAGCUCGCAGAGGGCCGCGUGGAGAACGCGAGCAGCCUGAGCAGUCUGCCAGGCGCGACGCCGCCGUCCACCUUUGUGCAGCUGCACAAUGGAUUGACAAGCAAGAGCCCCUCGGCGCCGGGCACUUUGGCCAUCAGAGUCUCAGGCACGGUUCCAAUUGACUUCUCCGCCAACCCAGACUACGAGCCAGAAUUCAAGUUCUACGACAAGAGUCUGCUGGAGGCGGUGCGCAGGAAAGACGAGACGGUGCACAGCUUCUUCAAGCUGCUCGCGUUGUGCCACACGGUGAUGCCCGACGAAAAGAGCGGCAGACUCGAGUACCAAGCGCAGUCGCCGGACGAAGCGGCUCUCGUGUCGGCUGCCCGCAAUUUCGGCUUCGUCUUCAAAGAGCGCAGCCCCAACAGCAUCACCAUCGACGUCAUGGGCGAAAGAGAGGUUUACGAACUGCUUUGCAUUCUGGAUUUCAACAACGUGCGCAAGAGAAUGUCCGUGAUUCUGCGGAAGGACGGCAAACUGCGCCUUUUCUGCAAAGGGGCCGACAACGUCAUUUACGAGAGGCUCAAGAACAAUAGCGAUUCGAGAAAGAUAAAAACGCAGGACCACUUGAACAAAUUCGCCGGGGAAGGGUUGAGGACUUUGUGUUUGGCUGUGCGAGACUUGGACGACGACUUUUUCAACGACUGGAAGAACAGGCACCAAGCAGCGGCGCUCUCGCUGGACAACAGGGACGAAAAACUGGACGCCAUCUACGAAGAAAUCGAAAAAGACAUGGAACUGCUGGGCGCGACGGCCAUCGAGGACAAACUGCAGGACGGCGUGCCGCAGGCCAUCUCUAAACUAGCGCAGGCGGGAAUCAAAAUUUGGGUCCUCACCGGCGACAAACAAGAAACGGCGAUCAACAUCGGCUACUCGUGUCAGCUGCUGACGGACGACAUGGCCGAGGUGUUCAUCGUGGACGCGCACACCUUCGAAGAAGUGGAGCUGCAGUUGGGCAAGCUGAAAGAGGCGAUCAGCAAUUUGGAAAAAAGCGACGGCGUUAACGGAGGCCCCACCGCAGUUAGCGUGGUCACUUUCAGGUGGGGCAAGGAGCAAAGCGAGAGUGACUAUCAGCACGGUUGCAGCGUGGAAGAGCCGGAAAUCAGCGGCGGAAUCGCCUUGGUCAUCAACGGCCACUCGCUGGUCCACGCGCUGCACCCGAAACUGGAGAAAAUCUUCCUCGAAGCCGCCUCACAAUGCAAAUCUGUGAUAUGCUGUAGAGUGACGCCUUUGCAGAAGGCAAUGGUGGUCGAACUGAUCAAAAAGAACAAACAUGCUGUGACGCUGGCGAUUGGAGACGGCGCCAACGACGUUUCCAUGAUUAAAGCUGCGCAUAUUGGCGUGGGAAUCAGCGGACAAGAGGGAAUGCAAGCUGUGCUCGCGUCCGACUAUAGUCUGCCGCAGUUCCGCUUUCUGGAAAGACUGCUGCUGGUGCACGGCCGCUGGUCCUACUUCCGGAUGUGCAAAUUCCUGCGCUACUUCUUCUACAAGAACUUCGCGUUCACCCUCUGCCACUUUUGGUUUGCAUUUUUCUGCGGCUUCAGCGCCCAGACUCUGUUCGACCCCAUUUUCAUUUCGUUCUACAACCUGUUCUACACGGCACUGCCAGUCAUGUCGUUGGGCGUGUUCGAUCAAGACGUCAACGACAAGAACAGCCUGAGUUACCCCAAAUUAUACGCGCCGGGCCACCAGGACCUGCUUUUCAACAAAAAGGAGUUCCUCAAAUCCGCCAUGCACGGCUUCUUCACUUCCUGCAUUCUCUUCCUCGUUCCAUAUGGCACGUACCUCGACGGCGUUUCCCCCAAGGGCCACGCGUUGUCCGACCACAUGCUCUUCGGCAGCGUGGUGGCGACGAUUUUGAUCAUCGUAGUGACCGCCCAGAUAGCGCUGGACACCGCCUACUGGACGUGGUGGAGCCACUUCACCAUUUGGGGCUCGCUUUGUAUUUAUUUCGCCUUCACAUUCAUCACCAAUUACGUUUUUGGUGGAUCCUACGUCGGCUCUUUAUCAAAGGCGAUGAUAGAGCCGACUUUUUGGUUCACAACCAUCCUCACAGUUACGUUAUUGAUUGUCCCGGUGUUAGCCUGGCGCUUCUACUUCGUCGACGUCAAGCCAACACUUUCUGACAGAGUCAGACUCAAACAAAGACUUGAAUCACUCAGAUCUCGCCAAUCGCAAGACAUUCUUCGAACCCCGUCGGCGCGGCGGACCCGGCGGUCGAUCCGCUCGGGCUACGCGUUCGCCCACCAGGAGGGCUUCGGCCGGCUCAUCACGUCCGGGAAAAUCAUGCGCAAGAUUCCUCGGCCCAACACGGACUUUUCAUUCCCGCUGAGUUUCGGCUCGACGAUCGGCGCGUCGCUGAGUCCGCGCAAGCCAGUGGUGGCGACGAGCAGUUCGUCGAGCGCCGGCGCCUUCAACAACCUCGCGCCGCCCGAAAUCCCCGGCUUCAACGAACAGUCGUGAUUUUUGUGAUAGAACUCGUCGCCGUUCCGUUCGGCCCCGCGAACUUGCUGCGCUUUCGCAACCAGAACGGCGCUUUUCUAUUCGAUUCCGUAGUGUGCAUCACCAAAACUUGUCUCACGUCGGUUGUGACCGCAACAAGCUAAAAAGAAAAAAGGUUGUCUGUGCGUGCGUGCGUUGGAUUGGAUGAGAGCCAUUUGUAUCAUACGUUAUUGAUUAUCAUUAGCACAUAGACACCUUCAACAGAGAUGAAGCACUCACCGGACUCCAUUUUCCCGCCAAAAGAACCUCACGUUAAAUUGCUUGGUGUCUACUUGCAGUUUAAGAGAUAAACAAUCGUAGAAAUGCAUAAAAUGUUGAUUGAAAUCGAUUUAAAACAGGCAAAUCGGAAAAAAGCAGCAAGAAUUCUUUGCGUUAAACAAUCCUCGACGCUGAUUGGCUGCACGUCAGCAGCUCCCACGCAAUGUACAACACGUUGUGCAACCGCUACAGCGUGCAUCCAAUCAGCAUCGAGAAUUCUUCAAGCUGAAGAAUUCUUGCUUUUAUCUUACGUGUUAACGAAUUCGCAAUUGAAAGUUAGUUUAAAUACUGUUAAAAACAUACAAAUAAUAGGGAAAACAACAAAAAUUCUUUGCUUGAUGAAUCCUCGACGCUGAUUGGCUGCACGCAACAUGUAUGUCAGCUGAGCUUCCGCGCAAUUUACAACACAUUAUGCAACCGCGGGAGAUGCAGAUAUGCGCGUUGCUUGCAGCCAAUCAGCGUCGAGGAUUUUUAGAGCUAAGAAUUCUUGCUGCUUUUUCAAAUUUGCGUGCGUUAUAUCAACUUUUUACGUGUUUCUGCAAUUUUAAAUCGAAAGAUUAAUUCAUCAGCUGUAAGUAGAAUGGUUAGCGAUUUAUUUAGGCGGGAAAAUGGCGUUGGGCGAAUUUUUUGAAUGCAAUUAUCUCUGUUUAUGGUGUCUAUAAUCAUUAAAAACACUCGCGCGCGCGGAAUUGUCAUAUCAGUCGAUUUUUUAUACCGAUUAAUUCUAGUACAAUGAUUAUUAAGCAGGUGAACAAUUGCGGACAAAGUCAAAUUUCAGAGUUGUUUAUUUUAAAGCGCGGGAAAAAAUGCCAAAUUAUUUUACUACUUGAUAAGUGUGAGUUAAAUCUAGUUGUGUGACCUUUAACCCUUUCACUGAAGCUGGUCUCAGGAUUUUAAUAGUUGUGUCACCCUUCAAAGUGCUUGCCUGUUAUGUUCAUUUUGCAUUUUUUACGUUGAAUUUAAUUGUAAUCGGAACAAAAUCGAAAUUGAAAACAGCCCGGCCGCUGUUUGCCAUAGUGUUAGAAGACGUGGUCAUGUGAAAAAUCUUUCAAAUUGAGGCAAAAGAGACAUUUUAAACUUCCCUUUUUUAUUUAGCUCCUUAAAAACAAUUUAAAAUUUGCCGAGCCCAAGAUUUAACUUUUUUCACUAGGCAAUGUCUGAAAAAUUAUUUAUUGAUCCGUUGAAAGUGGGAGUCUGGUGAGCCAGAAAAGUGGAGUGAUGGAAGACUGUGCUGUAGCACUUCUAUUCUGUUCUGUUCUUUCUUUCCCCUUUCGGUAGAGAAGAGACGACGCGACUUGAAACAUGCUUUCAAUAAACAAAUCGAUUGGAUUGUGCACAAAAAGUUUUACAUGCUGUUGAAAAUCAUGUUGCAAAUUUUUACUAUUGAUCAUCGCAAAUAAUAUAUAUAAAUCAUGUUUGAUAAUACACACACACACAUCGUGUAAAUAAUGUGUUUUCAGUUCCUCGUUGCUGCUCGGGAUCAAUAAGUUUCGUUCCUUUACAAAUUCGGUGGAUAGAGGCUGUGCUUGUGCUUUUUUUCUGUAUUUCUGCUCAGUUCAACGACUACGAAUCGCCUCUUUUGUACACACAGCAAACACAAAAAUUAUUUAGCCAAACCGUACUUGCCUAAAUGAUAUAUUAUAAUAUAUAUUAUGUAUAUAAAGUUAGCGAUCCUGUCUUGUUGCAAUCAAUAUUUUUCUAUUUAUAGAUUUCUGUUUCUUUGACCAAAUAAAUCAUCAUAUUGAAAAA